AUGGGAAAGUACUCAAAUUAUCAACCUGUGCGUGUACGUUUACACGUGGUUGCCUUGAAGGCCUUUCUACUAGGUGUUGUGCUGACAGCGUCAUUAGGUGUGAUGUUGUUCAUCCGAGAUUCAAACACACUCUUGUUCCGUGUGGCAUUGUAUACGCUCCUCAACUCUAUUUUCCAUCUACUAGAAUUUUUCAUGACAGCGUUGUGCAACACUCUGGAGGUUGAUGACGAUUCGUUCAUUCUUAAUGACAUAGAGUUGUACGUUGUCUAUAUUGCUUCGGUACUUGAAGGAGCCCUAAAGACGAUCGAUUGGGCAUACAGCAUCAAAUUGAGAACAUCUUUCUUGAUGGCUGGCUUAUCUAUAAUAAUUUUGGGCCAGAUCUGUCGUUCAUUGGCAAUGUAUACUGCUGGCGUCUCAUUUCACCACUACAUCCAAAAGGAGGCAUCUGACAAACGUCCGUUGGUCCAUUGGGGAAUUUACAAGUACAUGCGUCACCCUAGCUACUUCGGGUAUUUUUGGUGGUUUGUUGGCGGACAAAUCAUGCUUCAAAACCCUGUUCUCUGUGUUGUUGGUAUCUACAAAUUGCACCAAUUCUUCAAGAACAGAAUUUCGUACGAGGAAGAGUUUCUUGUUGCCUUCUACGGAAAACAGUACGAAAUUUAUCGGGAGAACACACCCACUAGAAUUCCUUACAUUAAAUAG